AUGCAGGAUGUCGGAACAUUGAAAGGCUGCACGCUAUUUUGGUCUGGUAAGGCUGUCCCCCUUAAACUCUUCUUCAUUUCCCCGUUUGACCCCUCAUUUCUCGAAUUCCCUCUCUCUGCAUUUUUGCUAUCUAUCUUCAUCAUGGCCGAUUCUCUGACCGAAGAGCAAGUCUCUGAGUACAAGGAGGCGUUCUCCUUGUUUGACAAGGAUGGCGAUGGACAAAUUACCACCAAGGAGCUUGGCACCGUCAUGCGCUCUCUGGGCCAGAACCCCUCCGAGUCCGAGCUGCAGGACAUGAUCAACGAGGUUGACGCCGACAACAACGGCACCAUUGACUUCCCCGAGUUCUUGACCAUGAUGGCCCGUAAGAUGAAGGACACAGAUUCCGAGGAGGAGAUUCGCGAAGCGUUCAAGGUAUUCGACCGCGACAACAACGGUUUCAUCUCCGCCGCUGAGCUGCGUCACGUCAUGACCUCCAUCGGUGAGAAGCUUACUGACGACGAGGUGGACGAGAUGAUCCGCGAAGCGGACCAGGAUGGCGAUGGCCGGAUCGAUUACAACGAGUUCGUCCAGCUCAUGAUGCAAAAAUAA